CCAAUUAUGAACCAAGAUGUCAGUCAAAUUCUUCCAUACAUUGUGAAUUCUGUUCAACAGAGAAUUUCUAUGGAAGGAGGUAACAGAACAAUAACUGCUAAUGACAUUUGUCAGUUGAUUAGCUUGAAACUUGCACAACAAGCUCAACAGCAAAUUUCUCAGAAUAGUGACGGACAGAAUUCUUUUGCCGUUAACCAACCCAACACAACAACCAAUACAUCCAUGAUGAAUUUUUUAUCAAAUGUUGCUGCAACUCGGACAAAGUCGACAGCUGAUGGUAACAUAAAUAACAGUAAUAUAACCAACAGUUCGGAUGUGAGAAAUUAUGAGAAUGAACCAAAUGUGCAAGGUUCUUCAAAUUCAAAUCAAGUCUUCAUGUGUUAUAAUAACAACCAGAACUCAAACACAACUGCACCCUCUCCGUCUAACGAUAUUGUUGUGUCCGAAGCAGGAUCUGCGGUUAAUGUUGUUAUUGACCAAACUGGUCAAAGAUAUCUUAUGCAAGACACAGACUUGCAUGUUGAUCAGGCAAAAGUGAAUGAACAUUUAAUUAGACAAGCUAGAUAUAAUGAGAAAGGAGAAUUGGUCAUCUCUGACAUACCUGUGGAUAGUGCUUCUGAAAAGAGUGAAGGUGUAGAUCUCUCAGUAUCCCUGGAGUCACGUUUACACACAACACAUCCAACAACAGUAGUAACAGACCCUUGUCCAGUGUGUGGAGAUCAAGUUUCAGGUUAUCAUUAUGGGAUUUUUACAUGUGAAAGUUGCAAAGGAUUUUUCAAACGAACAGUUCAGAAUAAAAAAGUGUUUCAGUGUCACAGGAAUAGUGACUGUGAUGUGAUGAGGGGUAAUAGAAAGAAAUGUCCUGCAUGUAGGUUUGCUAAGUGUAUGUCUACAGGAAUGAAAAUUGAAGCUGUAAGAUCAGAUAGAACACGUGGAGGAAGGAGCUGUUACGAUGGAUGUUCACCUCAUGGCCGUCCAAAUAAAACGUUCUUGGACAAUAAGAUGACCCCAAAACCGAAAAAAAUGCAACCAGACUAUAUGAAACAUUUACAAACCAUGGAACUUAAGCUGCCAUCAGGAGAAAGCAUCUCUGGAAGUCAUUUAAUGAACUUGUUACAAAAGACGCCUGUAAAACAAACUCCAGUUAUUACCCCUGUUGUUCCCCCAGUGUUAACGGAAAUAAUGAGUAUGGAAUCUCUGUUGUCAGAAGACGAGAGUAGCUCAGAAAUGCCAGAAAAGUUUGGUGAAGGGGAUCAAAACUUUUUCUUGACAUUUUUGCAAAUUGCUGAAGUUCGAUUAUAUAAAUUGGUGCGAUGGGCUAGGAAUCUUCCACAGUUUAGUGCAAUAUCAACAGAUGACCAGAUAUUACUGUUGCAAAAUGGUUGGGCAGAACUUCUCAUAUUUAACUGUUGUAUGAGAUCUGUUGAGAGCCGAACAGAAAUCUUCCUACCCCUUGGUAAAACUGUUGAUCUGGAGAAAGCUCGUUGCAUCAGUGAAGGAUGUGAAGACAUUGUUCAACGAAUGUUAGAUUUGACUGAUCAGUUACGUAGACUGAAUGUUGAUCAGUAUGAGUAUGUGGCAAUGAAAGUUCUUGUACUCAUCACUCCAGAUGUUAAAGGUAUGAAAGAAAAUUACAAGGCAAGAGAACAGCAAGAGCUAAUAAGUGAUGCUCUAUAUAAAUAUACUAUUUCACAUUAUCCCCAGAAUCCUGACAAGUUUGGUGAAAUGUUGCUCAGACUACCAGAGAUCACCCGUGUUAGUAGUAUUGGCAAAGAAUUACUGAACACAUUGAUGCCCCCUGGAUUUCAAUCCUGUGGACUUUUGUUUGAACUUCUCAAAGGAGAUGGAGCAGCUAAAGAGGAAAGCUAGCAACACUUAUAAAUAGAUUUCUUCUUUCACUUUCUAUGUUUUCAUACUUGCAUAUGUUUAUGUAUCUGAACCAUGUGUACUAUAAAAUGUUGCAUUCUUUAAAUCAUGGAAUAGAAUUUGAGUAAUUGAUUACAUGCAUGUGCCAUAAUUGUGAAUACUUGUAAUUAUGGGUCAAGGUUAAAGUUUACAUUAUCUUAUGAAAAAUGUCAGUUCUACCUUAGUUUCACCUGUCUCUGUAAUUGUUGAGGCACCAUUUAUUGCAUUAUGUUCCUGACAUUUUCCUUUAAUUAAUUUACAUUUGUUCAAAUGUCCAUAAUUAGAUAUAGGAAGAUGUGAUGUGAGUGCCAAUGAGACAACUCUCCAUCCAAAUAACAUUUUAUAAAAGUAAACCAUUAUAGGUCAAUGUGAUUAGUCUGUUCUAAAAAUGUUAACGAACAAUCCAGUAGAAAAAGAUGGUUUUUUUAAGGAUAAUAGUGCUUAAAAAUAAGAAAUUUUCAAAUGACACUUGUUCAAAUUUGAUUUUUGGUUUCAAAAAACAAGCAAUGGUUUAAAAAAAGAUGAAGUCAAUUUUAGAUGAUAACUGUUUCUACAUGUUCUAGUAUAAACAUUAGAAAUAGAAAUUUUUAGAAAAAGUAUUUAUUAUAAUCUUUGUUUAAAUUUUUAAUGAAAUGCAUACAUUGUACACUAAAUCUCUAUUUAAUCAAUAAAAUGUUGGGUACAUGUCAUCAAUUAUGUCUAAUGUACAUGCUAGAAUGUCAAACAUUAAAGCUAAAUAAUGAGACUUGUACAAAUGUAUGUAAAAUUGAUUCAACUCCAUAAAAAUAUUUUCAAAUAAAA